UGCUCCGCCGCACUACUGUAAUCAUAUGAUAGCCGCCCGUCCACCGACUAACUUCUUCCCGCGACACUUUUUUUUUAUUUUAAGGAACGAACAACGAUAAAGGAACUUUUUUUUAUUUUUUUUUUAAAGAAAAAAAAAAAAGUUUUAAAGAGAACCGGGAUCGGGGCUCGCGUCAUCUGAGAUUUCAAGCCCGCUUGAGAGACGCGCUCGGCGGACGACUGCGCUGUCCUCGCACCGGGGCGAGGGAAGGGGGGCGGAGAAAAGUUCGGUUCUUGUUUUUUUUUUAUUUUUCCGUCUGGUUUUUUAAUUUUUUUUUUUUUUUCCACCCGGUUGCUUAGUGUGUGCGUGCGCACGUGCGCGUGUGUGUGUGGAGACUUCCACAGCCAUGGUCGGGGAGACAGAGGUGAAGGAAAGACCCAAGUCCAACCCGGACUACUUAAUGCAGCUGAUGAACGACCGCAAGGUGAUGAGUUCUCUGCCCAACUUCAGCGGCAUCUUCACGCAUCUGGAGCGGCUGCUGGACGAAGAGAUCGGGCGGGUACGCAAGGACAUGUACAACGACACGGUGAACGGCGGCAUGUUCAACGGGCGCGACAUGGAGGAGCUGCCCGAGGCGGUGGGGCCCGUGGCACAGCUGCAGGAGAAACUCUACGUGCCCGUCAAAGAGUACCCUGACUUCAACUUCGUGGGGAGGAUCCUGGGCCCGCGCGGGCUGACGGCCAAACAGCUGGAGGCGGAGACGGGCUGCAAGAUCAUGGUGCGAGGGAAAGGCUCCAUGCGGGACAAGAAGAAGGAGGAGAUGAACCGAGGCAAGCCCAACUGGGAGCACCUGAGCGAGGACCUUCACGUCCUCAUCACCGUGGAGGACACGCACAACCGGGCCAAGAUCAAGCUGCAACGGGCCAUCAACGAGGUCAAGAAACUCCUCGUCCCCGCCGCUGAAGGCGAGGACAACUUGAAGAAAAUGCAGCUGAUGGAGCUGGCCAUCCUCAACGGGACGUACAGAGACGCCAAUGUGAAGACACCCAUCGCCGGCUUCCCGCUGGGCAACCCCCAGGCCCCCCGCAUCAUCACCGGCCCCGCGCCCGUCCUGCCGCCCGCCUUGCGCAACCCGGCCCCGGUGACCACGCCCACCCUCAUGCCCCUGAUCCGCCAGAUCCAGAGCUCCGCCCUGGUGCCGGGCGCAAACCCGCACCCGGCGCUGCUGCAGCAGGGACCCGAGUCGGGGAUCAUCUACGCCCCCUACGAUUACCCCUACACCCUCACGCCCUCCAUAUUGGAAUACCCCAUCGACUCCACCGGAGUACUAGUCCCUUCGUCCUGUGUUUUCGCAGCAGGUGCCAUGACCACUAAGGUACGCCGCCACGACAAGAGAAUCCAUCCUUACCAAAGGGUAGUGACCACAGACAGAGCUGCCACGGCAACUAACCCAUGACCCCGCCCCUUGACCUUCUGACCUUUCCACCCACCGAUGACCCCGCCCAUCUCCGCACUGCUGGCGCGCUCAUUGGCCAGGCGCCCCCCCUCCCUACCCCACCUUACCCCCCCCAGCCCCCCAGAGGCCGGCGGCCGGGAGCGACCCGACUGCUUCUGUCUAACCAGCGGACGGCGGCGGCCACGGCGCCCGUAACCCGGCGGGGACCGCGCCCAUCGACCUUUAGCCGACGUGCCUUCCUGUCCUCUCACAUUGUACUCACAGCAGGGGGGCGCUGAGUCCACCAGCAAUAAUUACUACUAAAGACUACUGAAGAUGCUAAUUGCACUCAUCCUGCACGGACGGCGUCCAUGAGAGGUGCGCAUUCUACUUCAGCUCAACAAUCUCCGCAUAUAUUUGCAUAUUCAAUUAACCACCUCGUUAACCCACACCCAAAUUUUUAAAAUUAUAUUUAUAUAGCGUUUUUACAUAGUGAAACCCAAUAUCUAAGUGUGGGUACAGUGACUAGGAUGGCGGAAGCGGGGAUCGAACCUGGAACCCUCGAGUUGCUCUACCAGCCGAGCUAUACCGCCUAAAUACAACCCAUCCCUGCAAAAUUUUGACAAUUGAAAUUGUCCCUGGGCGGCGUUUAAAAGCAGGCUUGGGCUAUUAUUUUGCCACGGGGGGAAAAAUUUUGCGGAAAAAAAAUGACUCUGGGGGCCCGUAUAUCUGGUUUUUAGGAACAAAACCUCGAAAUAAUGUCUGAUUGAAAGCUAAAAACGCUAUGACAGACCGCCUUAAAAAAAAAACAGAAUGGAAUUUUUCAUUUAAAUUUACAUUACUAUGAACGAUAAAACACUGAAAAUCGACAACAUAUAAAUGUCUCUAUUGACAUACUUUAUAAUCAAGCGUAACGCAAUAAAAAUUCCACAAACACAGCAAAAUAUGAACUCAAAGGGUAAAAAUCAAUUUUAAAUAGCUACAAAAAAAUUGUGGAAUAAUUGAACAGCUUAACCGCCAAAUUUAGAAAAGAAAAAAAUUAGUAUAUCUGAUUUUUUUUAGGAACAAAACCUUGCAAUAAUGUCUAAUUGAAAGCUAAAAAGGUUUUGACAGACCGCCUUAAAAAAACGAAUGGAAUUUUACAUUUUAUUUUACUGAAUGAGACGCAUGAAAAAAAAGAAUGGACAAAAUUAACUAUGACGGAUAAAACACUGAAAAUUGACAACAUAUAAAUGUCUCAAUUGACAUAUUUUAUAAUCAAGCGUAACGCAAUAAAAAUUCCACGAACACAGCAAAAUAUGAACUCAAAUGGUAAAAAUCAAUUUUAAAUAGCUACAAAAAAAUUGUGGAAUAAUUGAAAAGCUUAACCGCCAAAUUUAGAGAAGAAAAAAAUUAGUAUAUUUUAUUUUUUUUUAGGAACAAAACCUUGCAAUAAUGUCUGAUUGAAAGCUAAAAACGCUAUGACGGACCGCCUUAAAAAAAAACAGAAUGAAAAUUUUCAUUUAAAUUUACAUUACUAUGACCGAUAAAACACUGAAAAUUGACAAGAUAUAAACGUCUCAAUUGACAUAUUUUAUAAUCAAGCGUAACGCAAUAAAAAUUCCACAAACACAGCAAAAUAUGAACUCAAAUGGUAAAAAUCAAUUUUAAAUAGCUACAAAAAAAUUGUGGAAUAAUUGAAAAGCUUAACCGCCAAAUUUAGAGAAGAAAAAAAUUAGUAUAUCUUAUUUUUUUUUAGGAACAAAACCUUGCAAUAAUGUCUGAUUGAAAGCUAAAAACGCUAUGACAGACCGCCUUAAAAAAAAACAGAAUGAAAAUUUUCAUUUAAAUUUACAUUACUAUGACCGAUAAAACACUGAAAAUUGACAAGAUAUAAAUGUCUCAAUUGACAUAUUUUAUAAUCAAGCGAAAGGCAACAAAAAUUCCACAAACACAGCAAAAUAUGAACUCAAAGGGUAAAAAUCUAUUUUAAAUAGCUACAAAAAAAUUUUGGAAAAAUUGAAAAGCUUAACCGCCAAAUUUAGAGAAGAAAAAAAUGAGUCUGGGGGCAGGUAUAUCUGAUUUUUUUUUAGGAACAAAACCUUGCAAUAAUGUCUGAUUGAAAGCUAAAAAGGUUUUGACAGACCGCCUUAAAAAAACGAAUGGAAUUUUCAUUUUUUUUACUGAAUGAGAUGCAUGAAAAUAAAGAAUGGACAAAAUUAACUAUGAACGAUAAAACACUGAAAAUUGACAACAUAUAAAUGUCUCAAUUGACAUAUUUUAUAAUCAAGCGUAAUGCAAUAAAAAUUCCACAAACGCAGCAAAAUAUGGACUCAAAGGGUAAAAAUCAAUUUUAAAUAGCUACAAAAAAAUUGUGGAAUAAUUGAAAAGCUUAACCGCCAAAUUUAGAGAAGAAAAAAAAUGAGUCUGGGGGCCGGUAUAUCUUAUUUUCUUUUAGGAACAAAACCUUGCAAUAAUGUCUGAUUGAAAGCUACAAAGAUUUUGACGGACCGCCUUGAAAAAAAAAAAACUGAAUGGAAUUUUUCAUUUAAAUUUACAUUACUAGGAACGAUAAAACACUGAAAAUUGACAACAUAUAAAUGUCUCAAUUGACAUAUUUUAUAAUCAAGCGUAAUGCAAUAAAAAUUCCACAAAUACAGUAAAAUAUGAACGCAAAGGGUAAAAAUCAAUUUUAAGUAGCUACAAAAAAAUUGUGGAAUAAAUGAAAAGCUUAACCCCCAAAUUUAGAGAAGAAAAAAAUUAGUCCGGGGGCCGAUAUAUCUGAUUUUUUUAGGAACAAAACCUUGCAAUAAUGUCUGAUUGAAAUCUAAAAAGGUUUUAACAGACCGCCUUAAAAAAACUAAUGAAAUUUUACAUUUUUUUACUGAAUGAGACGCAUGAAAAUAAGGAAUGGACAAAAUUAACUAUGACCGAUAAAACACUGAAAAUUGACAACAUAUAAAUAUCUCAAUUGACAUAUUUUAUAAUCAAGCGUAAAGCAAUAAAAAUUCCACAAACACAGCAAAAUAUGAACUCAAAGGGUAAAAAUAAAUUUUAAAUAGCUACAAAAAAAUUGUGGAAUAAUUGAAAAGCUUAACCGCCAAAUUUAGAGAAGAAAAAAAUGAGUCUGGGGGCCGGUAUAUCUGAUUUUUUUUAGGAACAAAACCUUGCAAUAAUGUCUGAUUGAAAGCUAAAAAUGUUUUGACAGACCGCCUUAAAAAAAAAAAAAUGAAUGGAAUUUUGCAUUUAAAUUUACAUUACUAUGAACGAUAAAACACUGAAAAUUGACAACAUAUAAAUGUCUCAAUUGACAUAUUUUAUAAUCAAGCGAAAGGCAACAAAAAUUCCAUAAACGCAGCAAAAUAUGAACUCAAAGGGUAAAAAUCAAUUUUAAAUAGCUGCAAAAAAAUUGUGGAAUAAUUGAAAAGCUUAACCGCCAAAUUUAGAGAAGAAAAAAUGAGUCUGGGGGCCGCUAUAUCUGAUUUUUCUAGGAACGAAACCUCGCAAUAAUGUCUGAUUGAAAGCUAAAAAGGUUUUGACAGACCACCUUAAAAAAACGAAUGGAAUUUUACAUUUUUUUUACUGAAUGAGACGCAUGAAAAUAAAGAAUGGACAAAAUUAACUAUGAACGAUAAAACACUGAAAAUUGACAACAUAUAAAUGUCUCAAUUGACAUAUUUUACAAUCAAGCGUAACGCAAUAAAAAUUCCACAAACACAGCAAAAUAUGAACUCAAAGGGUAAAAAUCUAUUUUAAAUAGCUACCAAAUAAUUGUGGAAUAAUGGAAAAGCUUAACCGCCAAAUUUAGAGAAGAAAAAAAUGAGUCUGGGGCCGCUAUAUCUUCUUUUUUUAGGAACAAAACCUUGCAAUAAUGUCUGAUUAAAAGCUAAAAACGCUAUGACGGACCGCCUUAAAAAAAACAGAAUGGAAUUUUUCAUUUAAAUUUACAUUACUAUGAACGAUAAAACACUGAAAAUUGACAACAUAUAAAUGUCUCAAUUGACAUAUUUUAUAAUCAAGCGAAAGGCAACAAAAAUUCCACAAAC